CCAUCCCGGGGGUCCAGCCCCCCAGGUCCCAGCCCCCGCGGGGGUGGCCGGUGGUGCCAGCCGGGCUGUCCAGCCCCGGUAUCGGAUCCUCCCGGAGGGAGGGGGCUUGGAGCUUAUUUAGCGUCCCCGGCGGCCCGUCUGGGAGCACUCGCAGCACGGGGAGCUCAGCCAGAUCCAUGGCGUCACAGCUGGAAGGGGCCAUGGAAACCCUCAUCAACGUCUUCCACCACUACUCUGGGAAGGAGGGGGACAAGUACAAGCUGAGCAAGAAGGAGCUCAAGGAGCUGCUGCAGAGUGAGCUGGGAUGUUUCCUGGAGACCCAAAAGGACACAGGGGCCGUGGAGAAGAUCAUGCAGGACCUGGAUGAGAACGGCGACGGGGAGGUGGAUUUCCAGGAGUUCGUGGUCCUGGUGGCCGCCCUGACCGUGGCCUGCAACACCUUCUUCUGGGAGAACGCCUGACCUGCUGUGCUCCCACCCUGCACACACGGCAUUCCCAAAAUCCAGACACCUCCCUGCCACCCCCUCUCCGCUCCCCAGCAUUCCCACGGGAUCCCGCCGGGAUCCAGCUCCACAAUAAAGGCACCGACCCAGCC